UGUAGAUAGCCUAUUAGAGAAUGGAGAUGGCACGCUGGUGGCAGCGGUUCGGAGGAGAAGAAGCAGAGACCCCAUUGAAGUAGCAGCACGAGUCAAGGCCUGGGGCACCAGGGCCCAGGAGCGGAGCCGCUAAGACCGGCCGAAUACUAUCUCACUGACAUUUUGAGGAGGGAGAUGGGGUCACCUGGAAAGUCAAGCGGGCAGUUUGGCCAAGGUCCCACAGCAAUGGCAGAACCAGGGCUCAAGCCCAAGAUACCCAUGACAUUUGAUGAUGUAGCUUUGUAUUUCUCAGAGCAAGAGUGGUGGAAACUUGUUGAGUGGCAGAAAGAGCUUUAUAAUCAGGUGAUGAAAGCCAAUUAUGAGACACUCUUCUCCAUCGACAAUUCAGUUUCCAAACCAGAUUUGAUAUCCUGGAUUGAACAAGGGGAAGAACCUUCUAUCAGAAAUCUUAAGGAUUCACAGGAAACAAAAACUGACAUCUAUUUCAGCAACUUAAGAGCUGAAGAACAGCUGUUUGACGGACACCAUAGAUCUGUGCAUCCAAGAGAAGUGGAUGGCUAUUUAGAUAGCCUCCAAAUUGAGGGAUCUUGCAAGCCCGAACAAAGCACAACGGGAGAAAUUUCUGUUUUGUCUGACCAAGUAGCUUCCCUAAGAAAUUCAUGUAGCAAAGACACAAGACACCUCAUUCCAGAAAGGCAUAGCACCCUGAAAUCUGCUCACUGCGAGGGAAGUCUGAGUCAUGAGCUCCAGAAUCUUGCUGAUUGCCAGGAAAUGCUUCCAGCACAGAGAGUGCUCCAUCCCUGCUCUGUCUGUGGGAAAAGAUUAUGGUCAAAGGCCUACAAGGUAAAACACCAGAGACUGCAUGGGAAGGCACAGUCACAGAAAUACCCCUCGAGUAGGAGGCAAGCCAGGAGGCAAUCCAGGCCCCAGUGGCAGCCUAGGUGUUGUUGGGAGCAGAGGUGUUUCCAGUGUACGGAGUGCAACAAGAGCUUUCGUCGGAAGCAGUACUUGCUUAGACACUUAAUCGUGCACACAGAGAAAAGGCCCUUCCGGUGCCCCAAGUGUGAAAAGACCUAUCGCCAUAAGAGGAGUCUAAUCAACCAUCAACUUAUGCACAGUGGAGAAAGACCAUUCCAAUGUCCUGAGUGGGAUAAGAGCUUCCACCAAAGGAGUAACAUGAGGGCCCAUCAGUGCAGUCAGCACCAUGGGGAGAGGCCCUUCUCUUGUGUAGAAUGUAGGAAAGGCUUUGCUGAGAAGUCUAAACUCACCAACCAUCUGAGAGUACACAGUGGGGAGAAGCCAUUCCAGUGUCUGGAGUGUAACAAGAGAUUUCACCUAAAGGGUGACAUGAAGGCUCACCAACGUACACACAGUGAGGAGAGACCAUUCUCUUGCAGUGAGUGUGGCAAGGGCUUCCUGGUGAGGUCUAAGCUCACCAACCACUUCAGAGUACAUACUGGAGAGAAGCCAUUCCAGUGUCUGGAGUGUGAGAAGAGCUUUCGGCUGAAGGACACGCUGAAGGUACACCAGCGGGUGCACACUGGGGAGAGGCCAUUCUCUUGCAGGAAGUGCGGCAAGGGUUCCAUCAAGCAAUGUAAGCUCACAGAACACAUGAGAGUGCACACCGGGGAAAAACCAUUCCAGGGUUUGGAAUGUGACAAGAGCUUCCGCCAGAAGGGGCAGCUGCUGAGGCACCAGUGCUUGCACACAGGAAAGGUGCCCUUCUCCUGUCCUCACUGUGAGAAGACCUUCCACCUGAAAGGUGACAUGAAGGUUCACCAGCGCACACACAGUAGGGAGAAGACAUUCUUCUGCAGUGAGUGUGACAAGGGCUUCCCCCAUCAGAGUAAACUCACUGAGCAUCUCAGGCUGCAUAGUGGGGAGAAGCCAUUUCAGUGCCCUGAAUGUGACAAGUGCUUUCGUCUCAAGGACAUCUUGAAGGCCCACCAAUGCACACACAGGGGAGAAAAGCCAUUCUCUUGUAGUGAGUGCGGCAAGGGCUUUACCAGGCAGUCAAAGCUUACUGAACACAGGAGAGUGCACAGUAGGGAGAAGUCUUUCUGGUGUCAGGAGUGUGGAAAGAGCUUCCGCUUAAAAGGGCAGCUGCUCAGCCACCAGCACCUGCACACAGGAGAGAGACCCUUCCAGUGCCCUGAAUGUGACAAGACUUACCAUGUAAAGGCUGAUAUGAAGGCCCACCUGCGCUUACACAGCAGGGAGAGGCCAUUCUCCUGUGAUUGUGGUAAGGGCUUCACUAAACAGUCCAAACUCAUUGAACACAUUCGAACACACACAGGAGAGAAGCCCUUCCAGUGCCCUAAGUGUGUUAAGAAUUUCCGCCUGAAAGGGCAGCUGCUUAGCCAUCAGGGCCUUCACACAGGGGAGAGACCUUUCCGUUGCCCUGAAUGUGACAAGAGCUUCUGACAAAAGGGACACCUCUUUAGACAUCAGCGCAUUCACAAGCCUGACAGGCCAUUUUCUUGUGGAGAAUGUGGCAAGGGCUUUAUUUAUAAAUCAAAACUUGCUACUCACUUCAGAGUACACAACCAAGGGAAAUCCUGUGAUGUUCCAAGUAAAGCUGAUACUAAGCUCAAGCCUUUCCACAUAUUUGCAUUAAUAGAGGCCGAUUGGAGUUGA